UGUUGACCGGGGGCAGUAGAAUGGAGCUUCAGUUACCUGGGUCCUGAGAGCCCAAGGGAUUCCAUCUUCAAGUUGGGAGGCCUCCCUCUCCCCUUUCUUGGAAAUUGCAAGCGAUUCAAGCCCCCGAUCAAGGCAGCAAAACUACAGGAUUCUGGAGCUGUGGCGCCCGAAGAAACCAUGAGUGUAAGGUUACCGCAGAGUAUAGACAGAUCAGCCAGUAAAAAACAGUCUCACCUGUCCAGCCCCAUUGCAGCCUGGUUAAGUAGCCUGUCGUUGGGAGACUCGGCACCUGAACGCAAGUCCCCUUCCCACCAGCGCCAGCCCUCUGACAUCUCUGAGGCAGCAGGUCUUGUUCAACGCUGUGUCAUCAUCCAGAAAGACCAGCAUGGCUUUGGCUUCACAGUCUGUGGAGACCGCAUCGUUCUGGUGCAGUCUGUGCGGCCAGGUGGUGCAGCCAUGAAAGCCGGUGUCAAAGAGGGUGACCGGAUCAUUAAGGUGAACGGCACCAUGGUGACCAAUAGCUCACACCUGGAGGUGGUGAAGCUUAUCAAAUCGGGGGCCUAUGUUGCCCUGACCCUCCUGGGCUCAUCACCAGCAUCUGUCGGAGUCUCUGGGCUCCAGCAAGACCCAGCCCCCACAGGAGCGCCCCGAGUCACCCCCGUAAUACCACCGCCGCCACCACCUCCACCUCUGCCACCUCCACAACGCAUCACAGGACCCAAACCACUACAGGAUCCUGAAGUUCAGAAACAUGCUACACAGAUUCUUAGGAAGAUGCUGAGGCAGGAGGAAAAGGAGUUGCAGCAUUUCUGUGAGGUGUAUAACCGGAACCCCGCCAGCCUGCUGGAAGAGCAGAUUGAAGGUGCCCGGAGGCGAGUGUCCCAAUUACAGCUGAAGAUCCAGCAGGAGACAGGUGGCUUAGUGGAUGUCAUUCCUCUGUAUGGUGAUACCAGCCAGAGAGAAGGCCGACUCUCCCUGGACUCCCAGGAGGGGGAUAGUGGCCUGGACUCCGGGACCGAGCGCUUUCCUUCCCUCACUGAGACCUUGAUGAAUCGGAACUCAGUCCUGUCAGACCCCGGGCUGGACAGCCCCCGGACAUCCCCCGUGAUCAUGGCCCGGGUGGCCCAGCACCACCGGCGGCAGGGCUCAGAUGUGCCUGCCCCCCAUGCCAGCGACCAGGGUGCAGAGCAGAGCCCAAAGCCCUUAAUCAUUGGCCCAGAAGAAGAUUAUGACCCGGGCUAUUUCAACAACGAGAGUGACAUCAUAUUCCAGGAUCUUGAGAAACUUAAAUCCCGGCCAGCUCACUUGGGUGUCUUCCUGCGGUACAUCUUCUCUCAAGCUGACCCCAGCCCGCUGCUUUUUUACUUGUGUGCAGAAGUUUAUCAGCAGACAAACCCCAAGGAGUCGCGAAGCUUGGGGAGGGACAUCUGGAAUAUUUUCCUAGAGAAAAACGCGCCUCUGAGAGUGAAGGUCCCAGAGAUGUUGCAGGCUGAAAUCGAUUUGCGCCUGCGCAGUGGUGAGGACGCGCGAGCCUUUUUCUAUGACGCCCAAGAGGCAGCCAUGCCGGAGAUCCAGGAGCAGAUCCUCGACUACAGAACAAAGCGCACUCUGGGGCUGGGCAGUCUGUACGGUGAGAACGACCUGCUGGAGCUGGACGGGGACCCCCUCCGAGAGCGCCACGUGGCCGAGAAGCAGCUGGCCGCCCUGGGAGAUAUUCUGUCCAAAUACGAAGAAGACCGGAGCGCCCCCAUGGACUUCGCCCUCAACACCUACAUGAGCCACGCUGGGCUCCGACUUCGAGAGGCUCGUCCUUCCAGCACAGCUGAGAAGGUCCCGUCUGCUCCUGACAAGGACAAGUGGCUGCCCUUCUUCCCCAAGACCAAAAAGAGCAGCAACUCCAAGAAGGAAAAGGAUGCCCUGGAGGACAAGAAGCGAAACCCCAUCCUCAAGUACAUUGGGAAACCCAAGAGCUCUUCCCAGAGCAUCAAGCCCGGCAACGUGAGGAACAUCAUCCAGCACUUUGAGAACAACCAGCAGUAUGACGCCCCCGAGCCAGGCACCCAGCGGCUCUCCACGGGCAGCUUCCCUGAGGACCUGCUAGAGAGUGACAGUGCUCGCGCUGAGAUCCGUCUGGGCCGCUCAGAAAGCCUCAAGGGCCGGGAGGAGAUGAAGCGGUCCCGGAAGGCGGAGAACGUGCCGCGGUCCCGCAGUGAUGUGGACAUGGAUGCCGCCGCCGAGGCCGCCCGCCUGCACCAGUCAGCAUCAUCCUCCGCCUCCAGCCUCUCGGCCAGGUCUCUGGAGAACCCAACCCCUCCCUUCACCCCCAAAAUGGGUCGCAGGAGCAUCGAGUCCCCCAGCCUGGGGUUCUGCGCAGAUGGCCUUCUCCCUCACCUCCUGGAGGAUGACCUUGGCCAGCUCUCUGACCUGGAGCCAGAGCCAGAUGCCCAGAACUGGCAGCAUACGGUGGGCAAGGACGUGGUGGCCGGACUGAGCCAGAGGGAGGUGGACCGGCAGGAGGUCAUCAAUGAGCUGAUGGUGACCGAGGCUUCCCACCUGCGCACGCUCCGGGUCCUGGACCUGAUCUUCUACCAGCGGAUGCGGAAGGAGAACCUCCUGCCCCGCGAGGAGCUGGCGCGGCUCUUCCCCAACCUGCCCGAGCUCAUCGAGAUCCACAACUCCUGGUGUGAAGCCAUGAGGAGGCUCCGGGAGGAGGGCCCCAUCAUCAGAGAAGUCGGGGACCUCAUGCUGGCUCGGUUUGAUGGGCCUGCCCGCGAGGAGCUGCAGCAGGUGGCCGCCCGGUUCUGCUCCUCCCAGUCCAUCGCCCUGGAGCUGAUCAAGACCCGACAGCGCAAGGAGAGCCGGUUCCAGCUCUUCAUGCAGGAGGCCGAGAGCCACCCUCAGUGCCGGCGGCUGCAGCUGCGGGACCUCAUCAUCUCCGAGAUGCAGCGGCUCACCAAGUACCCCCUGCUGCUGGAGAGCAUCAUCAAGCACACGGAGGGCGGCAGCUCUGAGCAUGAGAAGCUGUGCCGGGCACGGGACCAGUGCCGGGCCAUUCUCAAGUACGUGAACGAAGCCGUGAAGCAGACAGAGAACCAGCACCGGCUGGAGAGCUACCAGAAGCGCCUGGACACCACCUCGCUGGAGAGGGCCAGCAACCCCCUGGCCGCAGAGUUCAAGAGCCUGGACUUAACCACCAGAAGGAUGAUCCACGAGGGGCCCCUGACCUGGAGAAUCAGCAAGGACAAGACCUUGGACCUCCACGUGCUGCUGCUGGAGGACCUCCUGGUGCUGCUGCAGAAGCAGGACGAGAAGCUGCUGCUCAAGUGCCACGGCAAGAGCGCCGCGGGCGCCGCCGACAGCAAGCAGACCUUCAGCCCGGUGCUCAAGCUCAACGCCGUGCUCAUCCGCUCCGUGGCCACAGACAAGCGGGCCUUCUUCAUCAUCUGCACCUCCGAGUUGGGGCCCCCGCAGAUCUAUGAGCUGGUGGCUCUGACGUCGUCAGACAAGAACACGUGGAUGGAGCUCCUGGAGGAGGCCGUGCGGCAGGCCACCCGGCACCCCGCAGCCACCCCCGCGCCAGCCCACCCCGCAGCCCCCAGCGCCCAGGAGCCCGCCCGCCAGAGCCCCACGGCCAGCAGCAGGGUGGGGCUGGAUGACUCUGAUGCCGACAUGGAUGUGUUCCCCCGGGAGCCGGAGCCAGAGCCAGAGCCCGAGGGGCUGCCUGCAGGUGCCUUCCUGGGCCGUCCAGGCAUCGGCGGCACAGGUACCGGGCCCCAGCCGAGGCUCCGAGGGACACAUGCCACGCUGCGGGAGGCCGCCGAGCAGGGCGGCUCGGUGCCGGCCGAGGAGCUGGCGGUGCUGCCGCAGCCUCCCGGGCCCGUUUCUGGAGAGAACAGAGGCGGCAGGACCCGGGAGCCCCUCCUCCUGCCCCUCCAGGACUCACUGCUCCUGGGAGGCCUGGCCGAGGCGGCCCUGGAGGAUGUGGAGAACCUGCGGCACCUCGUCCUCUGCAGCCUGCUGCCCGGUGCCCCCCUGGAGCCCCAGGCUGCCGGGGAGCCUGAGGAUGACCUGACACCCACACCCUCUGUCGUCAGCGUCACCUCCCACCCCUGGGACCCCGGCUCUCCGGGGCCAGCGCCCUCAGAGGCCAAAGGGGACACCCCCCAGCUCCCAGACCCAGAGCAGGAGGCUGCCCCAGUGGGCUGUUCGCUGGCACGCCUGCCCCCAAGGACCAGACACUCAGGGAUCUGGGAAUCUCCCGAGCUGGACAGGAAGUCGGAGGAAGAGGCGACAGGAAGCUACAAAGUUGUGAGAAAAGCUGAGGUGGCAGGCAGUGAGACUGUCCCUGCGCCACCCGAGAGGGGCCCGCCAGGGUCUGAGCCACCCGAAGUAGAAGGCGGAGCGAAGGCUGCGGGGAACUGUUUCUAUGUCAGCAUGCCAGCAGGACCCCUGGACUCCAGCACUGACCCCACAGGGAGCCCCUCCCAGCCCGGCAGCCUCCCCGCCUGGCAGCCUCCGCGCCCACCACAGCAGCAGGGCACCCCCGGGGCCCAGCGCCGCCCCAGCCACUGUCCCCCCAGCCUGGCGCUCCGGGACGUGGGCCACAUCUUCAGCACCAUCGAGCAGCUCACGCUCAAACUGCACAGGCUCAAGGACAUGGAGCUGGCCCACAGGGAGCUGCUCGAGUCCCUCGGGGGCGAGUCGUCGGGUGGCACCACGCCCGUGGGCAGCUUCCACCCGGAGGCCACUCGCUGGACGCUCAGCUCCCUGUCACCUCCAGCCAAGGAGCCCCCCGCUGCCGGCUUCGGAGACAGCCAGGAACUGGGGCCAUACCCCGAGCACGAUACCGACACCUCCCUGGAGGAAAGCACGGCAGACACAGCCACCGGUGCCCUGGGACUGUAGCUGCUGGGACCACCAGAUCAGUCCUCCACGUCCCCAGCGCUCUGCGGCUUGUCCCGAAGCAGGGCACAGGCCGGGGUGCCCCGGGCCCCUCCGCGUGGUCGAGGCAGUGGGCAGGACCCAGGGAGUCCCCGCAUGUUGCUUGAUCUGCUCAGAUCGGAGUUGAGUGUCCGUGCCCCCCGGUCCCCUAAGCAUGCCCUCUGUGUCCACAUGUCCGCCCUCAGCCCUGCGGGAAGAGGUGGCGUCCGUGUCAAUGCACUUUCUCCCGGCCUCCUCCCGCCCGGGACCCUCGGAGAGGGGGGCUGCCUCACCUCGCCUGUCACUCGGGUUCCCUAUCCGUAUGGACGCGUCAUCCGUGCAUCCUUUGCUGUUGUAAAUAACCUGGACCUUUUCGGCUUCUGUGCCUGAGUACUUGGAAGCAGUGACAGAAGGGACCUGCUUGCACCUCCUAGUGACCAGCCCUGGCCCGACCCCGAGGGUGGGGGGUAAGGAAGGCCUCUGACUUCCCACCUACUGGGCCCACGAGCCCCGCCUCUGCAGCUUGGUGCUGACCCUCUGGCCCUCCUGCCUGGGGCCACUCGUCACCCCCACACCCCCCUCCCCACCUCCCCACAGAAAACCAGUGUCUCGAAUGGUACGGAGCUGAAGACUGGGCCCCAGAGCAGGGCGGGGGGCGCUCAUGCUGGAGGCCUAGAACUAACCCAGGACCAUCCCCAGGGGCGGCAGCCACCCUGGCCCCAGGUUCCAUGCCCACACCUCCCCCCACUGACUAAUAAAAUAUACACACUGUGCUAGGUGUAUAUAUACAUAUAUAUAUAUAAAUAUAUAUAAUAUAUAAAAUAUAGAUAUGGAAAUGACUGUUUUGCUGUUAAAAUAAUGUAUACUCUUUUAUUUUCUUCCUUUCAUGGUUAAAAUUUUUUUUUUAAGAAAAGUUAAAUAUUCUUCAAUUGUG